AUGGAGCCUGUCCGGGAGCCCCCCAGGAGGAGCCGGCCCCCUCCACCACCCGCUCCAGCCGCGUCGGCUCCUUUGCCAAGAGUACUGUCCCCUGGGGACGGGGAGGGCCGGGGCCAGGAGGUGCUGCUGAGAAGAUCAGGAUCCGGGUACGAGGGCAGUACCAGCUGGAAGGCGGCCUUGGAGGAUACAACGACCCGCCUGUUGCUAGGAGCCAUUGCAGUCCUGCUUUUUGCCAUCCUCGUUGUGAUGAGUAUACUUGCUUCCAAGGGCUGUAUCAAAUGUGAUGCUCCAUGCCCAGAAGAUUGGUUGCUCUAUGGAAGGAAAUGCUAUUUCUUUUCGGAAGAACCAAGAGAUUGGAACACAGGGCGCCAGUAUUGCCACACUCAUGAGGCAUCCCUAACUGUAAUCCAGAGCCAGAAGGAGUUGGAAUUUAUGUUCAAAUUCACCAGGAAGGAACCCUGGAUUGGCCUGAGGAGAGUAGGAGAUGAAUUUCACUGGGUCAACGGAGAUCCAUUUCACCCGGAUGAGUUCUCUGUCUCAGGUCAUGGGGAGUGUGUCUUCGUGGACCCCACCAGACUCGUCACGUCAGAUUGCCUGAUGACCAGGCCCUGGGUAUGCAGCAAGAUGGCAUACACGUGA